AUGAAAAAUGCUGACAAGAAUGAAAGAAAGCCUCGUCAAUUGACUACAUGCGUUGAGAGAAGAAAACAUUUAUGCGAACUCAAUGUUCAUAUUCGUUUUGCUUCGCAACCAACACAUAGCACUAGAAUUUUAAACGAUAAACUUGAAAGAAUCAUUGAAAAUCAAAUUAUGAACAGCAAUAAAAAGAUUGAAAAGUAA